AUGAUUGGGGAAGAUGAUCAAAACCCUAAUGCCGAUACAGGUUUUGGUGGGAGAAAGUUGGUUGCUGGUGCUAAUUUUAGUGGGAUUAGUCAAGCUUCUGAAAGUGGGGAUUUGCAGAGUGAUCAUGUGUAUGAUGAGUCCUCUGGUUACUACUGCUGUAGUAGUGUGGGUUACUACUAUGAUCCAUCUUCAGGAUUGUAUUGUUGUGCAGCAACAGGACAAUGCACUUCGUCCUUGAGAUUUUCAGGAUUAGUUUCAUGCUAGACAGGUUUUGCCUCUAACUAUGGGUGGCUGUUGUUUUGAGUUGGACAACGAUUAUGUGUCUCAUAGACCGACAUACCAACUCUAUCCAAGUUAAUGUUCCUGUUGUGAGAGCACUUUUUGGUAGUUUAUAUCUGCAUGAAUCAUAAUUUCAUUAUUGUUUAGUUACUUGAACAGAUUUGAUUAUUGAGUUUGACAUAAAGUGUGCAGUUUAGCCUACACUGGGAGGAC